AUGUCGACUCGUCAACAAGUACCAUCAUCAACCUUUCAAUCAACAGCCUCCGUUGAUUUAACAGAACCAAGAAGUCCUCAAUCGAGACAACUCGCUCAACUCAAUUACGAAGACUCACCACAUUUUGUGAAAGAAAAUCCAGUCGGAACUCUCAUUCCUGAAAAUCCAGAGAUUUACAGCUCGGAAGGUCUCACCACAGUCAAAAUUUUCAACCGUGAAAAAGGAUGUGUGACCGAAGAGGAAAAACAACGUGUGGAGAAGGAUUUGCAGAACAAGUAA